AUGGCUCAGUCAUCGCCUCCCCCCCCCCCUCCCGAUAUCAUUCCGGUUGCCCCGCUACCGAGACCUCAUCAUUACUCGCACUGUUUCUGUUUCGUCUCGGCACUUCUGUACGCAACGCCCACAACCGCCCUCAACAAGCCCACCGCUCAGAAUACGCGGCACCGGUACCUGGCUCCGGUCUUCGUCGCCGACUUCCGAUCUCCAAUACCAAAUCUUGUUCCGGGCGGGCCUGGUCCUAGAGAGAUGAACUUGGAGCGCGUCACGGUGACGCCGGCCGGGUACCCCUCUCAAUAUGAUUCCGGAUCCAGUAUUCAUUUCGAGCAAACGUUCGUACUUCAGUAG